AUGCAUCUUCUGUCAUUGUCAAGAUUGCAUGUUCUCCAACACUUGCAGCUGAGUUGCCAGAAUGUCUCCGGAUUGUAUGAAAUGCCAUUACAGUUCUUAAGAUGCCUUGAGGCAUGGCUCACUGGAAUUCUUGAGGAUUUGGAUCAGAAAAAUGCUUAUGAGUAUUUAAAAGGCAUGAUAAACUGUCAUAGAAUGCACCUAUUUGAUGUGGUUAAUAAAUGUUUGGAAAGGAAGCUGUUUUGCAAGAGAAAGGUAGUGAAGAUGAAGACUGGGGUCCGAGUGACAGAUGGAAGAGAAAAAAGGAAUCUGAUGGAGCAAGCACAGUUGUAACUAUGUGUGAAAACAGUAAGAAAGAUCAGGAUGUUAAAGAAAUAGCGGAACAGAUUGAAAGAGAUAGUCUCUGUAGAAGGCAAAGUAGAGAGAAUACCGUUGUUUAGAAUCCCAAGAGCUGCAGUUGAGGUCUGAAAUGGCUACUUCCCUGUUUUUAUGAGCUAGAAGUUGCUGAGGAGAGAUUGAAAACUGAUCAAGAAGAUGCACAAGCUUCUCGAGAUGAGACGCAUUACAAAUGUAUUGCCAAUAACCUGGCUUCUUAAGAAGAUUGUUAGUUCAGAGGAUAUAGUAGAUUCUCUGUGAGAGUUUUAGGAGUUAUUAGUUUAUUUAUUUUAUGAUUAUACAUCUUAAAGCUAUUAAGAUUAUACAUCUUAAAGCAUUACUGAAGAAUAAUCAUUAGGUC